UGGGGGCUCGAGGACCGAGAGGAACGGGGGCGGGAACUGGCGGACUCCAAGUGGCGGCUUGGCGCGGACUGGGGGGCGCGUCCUGGCCGAACGGGGUCUCCGGUGUCUUUGUCCUGAGCUGGGGCGGCGGGGCGGGUAGCCUCGGGCCUCGGGGAUCGGCGCACCCUUGGCUGGAAGGAGGUUAUAGGCUGGGGCUCCUGUCCUCAGGCUCGCACCAUCCUGCGGUCACCUUUUCCCUCGCGCGAGCUCCCCUUCCUUCCCCAGCUCUUGCAGUGGGGCCGAGAGGGAGCCGAGGCCACAGUCGGGCUUGGGCGCCCCCGCCCCAUUUUAUGCUGGAAUUCUGACGUUGGGGUUAAGAGGGAGGGACGGAACGACGGGCAGACGGACGGAAAGAUGGAGAUCCCUCCUGGUGCUGGGCAGGAAAUGGGCGGGGCCCGGCUGUACCCUGACAGGUGCAGCGCGCUCGGUGGCGUCCGACUGGUUCGCCCAGAGCUUAGCUCUGGGGCCCCGGCCCUGCACGGCUCCGCUCGCGAGGCCCUGAGACGCGAGGCCGAGCGGCACAGGCACCUGUGUCCUGAAAGAUUUAUUAAUCUUUUUCCACGAUACUAGAAGCCACAACGGGGCAGCCACACCACACCUAGACCUCAAUUUUAGAGUCACCUGGUGUCAUCCGAUUCCAGAACGUUGUAAGAAUGAAGGGGGGAUGUUAAGUCGGAGGAAUCUUAAGGGGUAGAAGGAGGGGAAGUAAUGGGUUUUCCCCGAUACCGAGACCUCUUGGGCACAUCGCCAAACCCUGCCCUCAGUUGUGGCUGCGAGGUGGUGUCCAUGGGAGGCAGGGUCUCAUUCUACUGCUGAGAGCCAGUGGGGCAGGCCCCCUGGCCAAGAACCUGAUUCUGCCUGCUGAGUUGGGGCCUGGAUGCUGUAAAGAUAAGGGCACACCUGGGCCCUAUCUCUCCCUAGGGUUCUGUUGACUUGUGGAUACCACACAGAGCCUUUGUCCACCCACCCACCCAUCCAUCCAUCCAUCCAUCCAUUAAUCCACAGUAUUUCUGGGCACCCCCUUUGUGCCCAGACCUGUGCAAGGUGUUGGGAGGAGCUCAUCGGGGUGUCUGCCCUCCCAUGACCUAUGUCAGCAACAAGCCCAGAAAUGAGAGAGAAACUGAAACUUCAAGAGUAAAAUGAAGUCUGUGUGGGGAAUAGAGGGCGCAAGGUGUCACUGGGCCCUCUGAGCAUACGGCUGGCCCCUGCACAACUGUGCUGAGCAGCCCAUGCCCUCUGGAAGCCCACUACCCUCAGGAGCUGUCCUGGGCCAAGGGCUCUGCAGCAGGUGGAGGAGAGCCGUCCUGGUUGUUGGCUGACCCGGAGUUCAUUCAGGCCUCUUGUUGGUGGGGGUCAGCAGAUGAGCAGAGCACGACAGGGCAGGAGCCAAGUCUCAGAUGCUAGGUAUGGCUGCAGAGACGGGGUGCCCUCACUGGUGAGGGGCAGGCAGCAUACUCAGGGGGUUCCCACCAUGCAGGCUCUCCCAGGACGUAGGGGCCAGUGCUCCCUCACAAGCAGGUCCUGUCUUUGUGCCCCACUCUGGCUCAGCACGUGUCAGCCCAAGGCAAGGGCAAGAUCAGGCCUGACUCAGGAUAGCCCCUCGCCAGGCUAUAAGUCUGAGGCUCCCUGGUGGGCACAUUUCCUCUCUAAUCUAAGCACAGUCCUGUUCCCCAGAGUAUGAACUGUGUACUCAGAAAAGGAAAGGUGUUUCUAGGUCGUCAUCCUUGGGCUGGGUGGGUGCUCAAGACAGCUCUUGUGUACUUCCUUUCUGCCUUUGGGGGGUUGGGAACCUCUAACUGGGAAGGUGGCUCUCUGUGUUGGGAGGGAAGAUGGGUUGGGCAGGGAGCUGGUUUGCAGAGAGAGGGUCCUCUGGCCCUGUCCCUGACCACUCUGACCAGGCACCCGUGCUCUACAGCCACGGCACACUUCAGCUUCUGCCGAACCCUCCUGGAUCACACAGUGUCCACUGAGAGCAUCCCUUGUCACCUGCCUCGGACGCCAGGCACCAGCCUCACGUGGCACGACUCCCGUAGCCAGAGGGCCGCUGGCGGCCGGCCAGUCAAGCUCCUGCAGCAGCCUGGCACAGAGGCCCCCCAGGGCCGGCUAUACUCCGACCACUAUGGUCUGUACCACACAAGUCCCUCACUGGGUGGCCUGACGAGGCCUGUGGUUCUGUGGAGUCAGCAGGACGUCUGCAAGUGGCUCAAGAAGCACUGUCCCCACAACUACCUCGUCUACGUGGAGGCCUUCUCCCAGCACGCCAUCACAGGCCGGGCGCUGCUGAGGCUGAACGGGGAGAAACUGCAGCGGAUGGGGCUGGCACAGGAGGCGCAGCGGCAGGAGGUGCUGCAGCAGGUGCUGCGCCUGCAGGUGCGCGAGGAGGGGCGGAGCCUGCAGCUGCUGAGCCAAGCCUCCUUUGGAAACAUGUCCUAGCUGCUGCCUGAGGCUUGAACCCCAGACCCCAGCACUGUGACCGGAGCCUGUGGCAAGGAUGAUGCAUAGCUGGCACACAGCCCCUCUCGGACCCUGCAGGAGGCCCCAGGGGCUGAGCCCAGCCCGAUGGACAGGUGGGACCAGGAUUGCCACCUCUGGCUGUGCAUUCUGGGCCGUUGAGCAGGUGCGGGCUGCUUGGGUGUGGCCCUUCCUUGCAGGACCUGAGCCCAAAUGCACCCUCUGGUGCUGCUGGCAGCGUGUGGGGCAGCUACUUGGAGCCAGAGCAGGGUCUGGUUAUCCCCCUAGACUCCCGGGGAGUCCAUUUAUUUAUAUUCCCUUCACCCGCACUGAUGUCUGUGCCCCUGUUGCCUGCUGAAUCACGCUUCCUUUGGGCAUCCUGCCCUCCCCCAGGGCAAGAGGUCUGUCUGUCUGCCCAUUUGUCCAGUUCUGCACCCUCACCCAGCAUCUAGAGGACAGGCGGAAUAAGCUGUGGAAGCUCCCUCUGGCGAGUGCCCUCCCCUGCCCCACCCAGAUAAUCAGCAGCAGCCGCAUCCCCAGGCACACCAUGCCAAGUGCGUGCCCUCGUGAUUUCUGAAACCCUCGCCACGCCCCCAUCUGUUCCCGGGAACUGUGGCAAGAGAGGUCUGGGGGUUGCUCAGGCACCCAAGACCUAACCCAGCACUAUGAGCACCCUAUGACGGGGAUCAGACCUAGCUGUCUCCUGGCCUUGGGUUUGGGUGUCCCCCCUCCUCCCACGGUUGCGGAGGCUGCCUCUGAGGGACAGUUGUGGGCAUGUAUUCUCACUGCUCCUCUCCCAAGAAAAUCUGAAUUCACACAAGAGACUGUCCUGAGGGCUGUGCCCCCGACCCCUGCCCACCAGAGACCCAGCCAGCACCUGAGCAACCACUCUGUGAGCCAGAGGGCCCAAGGUUUGGGACUGGUGCUGCCCAGCAGAGGGACAGUGAGGGCAGUCCUGGUAGCCCCCACCUUCUUGUUCCUCUGCCUGCCCACUCCCCUAGGGAGCCCUGAAAAUCUCAGGGAUUGAGGCUGAGCCUCCAGCCUCCUCUCUGUGCCCCAAGCCGGCCUCCAGAUGGGAAGUGGCUUGUUGCAGGUCCCGAGUGGGAUUUGGAUAACUGGCCUGGUGCCCCCUAUCCCGCGGGCCCCAGUAGGAAGCCCCCUCGUCCUUUCUGGCCACCCUGAUUGCCACAGCCUGCCUUGUGCCAUCACAACGUUGUCUUCUCCAGGGGGCCCUUCCUAUCACUGCCGCAGUCUUCUCCCUCCUUUGUCUUGCCCCCCACCCUGCCAUGCUUGUCUUGUCUUCUUUGUUUUGCGCUUUUUUAUAUUCUGACAAAGACCAGAAAUAAACCUGGUUCUCAACUG